AUGGAGGUUAAAAUCCAUGCCCUACUGCACUAUCUUGAUGGUGUAGCUGGCAAUACUCUGCUUGCUGCUGAACUUCGCGAGAGAGCAGCAUUUAUCUCAGCUUCUUUCCUUGUCCACCAGAGUGUUGCUAGACUCAUGGCGCAUGUUACCGCAUUGGCGAACGGCGAAGAUUUGAAUCUCCAUUUCCAUCAGAUAUAUGGCCCAAGCAAAUCUGUUGAUGUACCUGUCCGUCGUCACUGGAAACCUCUGAAGGCCAUAAUGGCCGACUAUUGUGUUAAUGCAUCCGUUGCCGACAUCGAAGGUCACCCCAUCCAGCUUAUUAGCAUCCUUGACCCAACAAUUGAAAAGUUGCUCCGAGGGGAAGACCUGUUUCAGUUCCACUAUGCCCUUGUCCGUGCUGAGCAGAUGGCAAACGAAGAUCUCGCUCGGCUGGCAAAAGACUAUGGUUACCAUUAUAUCUUCAGAAUUGGUCUUAUGCAAUAUUAUAUGACUUCGUCUGCCACCAGCCGACUUUCUGCACACGCGACUGACUUCCUCACGGACAAAGAGGCCAAGUCCCGCCAUUGUGACCGACGGAUGCGGACCGGAGCAGCAAUGGGUGAGUCCGUGUCCACUGUUCCAGGUCUAGAGUCGCCGGAAAUCCACUCCUUCAAGUCUAGCGAUCAGCGACCAGGUGAGAAUCUGUGGAUCCACGAGUGCGGUUAUGCUUCCACCAUAGGCUGGGGACCCCAGGGGCUUGCUGCUGAGCUUCUCGGGUGGCUAUUAGUUGCCAAGUGCUGUUGCUUUCCAUACCUCUGGGCCCGUGAACUGAACUUAGUCCUGCAGCAUCAAAGAUCCACUCUUCUGCAGUACUUUUGUUUUGAGCCUAAACCGCGGUUUCCCAAAGUCUUCGUUCAACCUCCUUGUUGGCCACCACUGCAACGGCGCCAAUGA